UUUAAGCAGAUUUUAAAAGCUUUAUUUUAGUUAGAUUUAGCAUGCUAAUUUAAUUUAAUUGCAAAAUAGCGCGCAUAAUUGUAAAGUGUAAACACACAUAAUAGCUGAAAUAUUUGUUGGUUCUUAAAUGUAUUGAAAUAGAAAUACAAAUUAUAUCUAAAUAUGUUUAAGAAAUAAUUUCUUUCUUAUAGAAGUGGUAUAAAUAGUUAAAGGUGGGGUAAAGUACUCACAACACUUCAUAGUUUAUUCCUCUUUGAGAUGGCAACUCCGUCGCAAAACGAUGUUGCUUACUUCAUGCAAAUGACCGGCGCACCCGAGUCCCUUGCACUCCAAAGGAUAGAGGAAUCGGGAGGAAACGUGAAUGAAGCUGUUAAUGCUCAUUUCCGACAAUAUAAUAAUACACCAAUAAUCAGAAAUCGAGGUUGGUUAAGUUGGAUGAUGGCUCUGUUGCUCUCUGUUGCUAGAAUGUUUAGACCGUCACUACUACUUAAUAAAAUUUAUAAGAGAAGAGAACUUAUUAGAGGUUCACCUAAUGGGAUUAAUGGUGCUAGUGUUAGUAAUUUACGUUCACCACAAUAUGCUGUUUCUACAAGUCAAAAUGAAACCGAAAAUUCGUCACGUGAAGCUCGUGAUUAUCAUUACAAUGACCAUUAUUCAUCAGAGCCCAGUGUCUCACAGCAUGUAUCUGAUAAUGAUGUUGAUAAUGAUGUUGAGGAAGAUAUGAUUCGAGCUGCAAUUGAGGCUUCAAUAAACACCAAUGUUAAUGGUUCAUUGGACGAUGAUGAUUUGGCUGAAGCACUUUCUCUGUCCUUAAAGACUGCGGCUGAAGAAGAAGAAGAACGUGAAUUUAUAGUUAAAGAAAUAAUAAGCAAGAUAGAGCAAAGCAAAGCAGCAACAGCAGAAGGAUCAGACAUGAAUAUCAUACUGCCUCAUGAAUUUAUAUCACAAGAAUAA